GUGUAUCAUGGCGACAUAUGUGGAUAUUCUGAGGAGCGAGUUUCCAGAAAUCGACACCGAAGUCUUCGAUUAUAUCACGGGUGUGUUGGACUGCGGCGGGGCGGAUUUCGAGGAUGGUGACGAGGUGUUUGACGCGAUCGGAGGCGUCCUGCAGGAGGUGUCGGCUGACCGUAAGAAUGAGGAGGACAUCCGAGAUAUCUGCUCGCAGAUGUUCAACACACUGAAGCUGAAUAACUGCCUCCCUACUCAGAAGCAGGUGCUGCUGGACGCUCCAGUGCAGCUGUCCCAGAUUAAUGCAGAAUGUGUCAGUGCCUCUGAUGAUGUCCAUGGGAUCUGGAUGCUGAAGCGUAACCAGAACACAACAGUGGACGCCAAGAAGUUGGAGAAGGCAGAGGCCAAACUGAAAGCCAAGCAUGAGAAGAGGAGUGAAAAAGACUCCCAGAAAACGUCCAGCCCGCUAGUCCUGGAGGAGGCGUCGGCCAGUCAGGCUAGCAGUAAGAAAGACAACCGAGUCGAUACAUCAGGGAAGAACCGCAGCUACGACAUCCGCAUUGAGAACUUCGACGUGUCGUUCGGGGAACGGUCCCUGCUGCAGGGGGCGGAGCUCUCCCUGGCCAGCGGGCGCCGGUACGGCCUGGUCGGGCGGAACGGGCUGGGGAAGACCACCCUGCUGAAGAUGCUGGCGAGCCGGAGCCUGCGCGUGCCGGCCCACAUCUCCAUCCUGCACGUAGAGCAGGAGGUGGAGGGCGACGACACGCCCGCCCUGCAGAGCGUCCUGCAGAGCGACACCGUCCGCGAGGGGCUGCUGACGGAGGAGCGGCAGCUCAACGCCCGCAUCGCCAGCGGGACAGCGGAUGGGUUGGAGAGCGUCCGUCUGUCAGAAAUCUAUGCCAAACUGGAGGAAAUCGAGGCAGACAAGGCACCUGCCAGAGCCUCAGUGAUCCUGGCGGGCUUGGGGUUCUCCCCAAAAAUGCAACAGCAGCCAACUAAGGAGUUCUCUGGAGGCUGGAGGAUGAGGUUAGCGCUGGCCAGAGCUCUCUUCGCUAGGCCUGACCUAUUGUUACUUGAUGAGCCAACCAACAUGUUGGAUGUCAGAGCCAUUCUCUGGUUAGAGAAUUACCUGCAGACGUGGCAGUCGACCAUCUUGGUGGUCUCCCACGACAGGAACUUCCUGAACGCUGUGGUGACUGACAUCAUUCACCUACACUCCCAGCGGCUGGAGAGUUACCGGGGCGACUACGAGAACUUUGUCAAAACCAAGGAGGACCGUCUGAAGAACCAGCAGAGAGAGUAUGAGGCUCAGCUUCAGUACAGAGAACAUAUUCAGGUGUUUAUUGACAGAUUCCGGUACAAUGCUAACAGAGCCGCACAGGUGCAGAGCAAGCUCAAACUGCUGGAGAAACUGCCAGAACUCAAGCCUAUAGAAAAGGAGUCGGAGGUCACGUUAAAGUUCCCGGAUAACUUUGAGAAGCUGUCCCCUCCGGUGCUGCAGCUGGAUGAGGUGGAGUUCUAUUACAGUCCAGACCAGCGGCUCUUCGCCGGGCUGAGCGUGUCUGCUGACCUGGAGUCCCGAAUCUGCAUCGUUGGGGAGAAUGGAGCAGGGAAGACCACCAUGUUAAAACUGCUGAUGGGGGAACUGACGCCCAUUAACGGCGUCCGACACGCUCACAGGAAUUUGAAGAUCGGUUACUUCAGCCAGCACCAUGUGGACCAGCUGGACCUGAAUGUGUGCUCAGUGGAGCUGCUGCUCAACAAGUUCCCAGGCCGGCCGGAGGAGGAGUACAGGCACCAGCUGGGCCGGUAUGGGAUUACAGGAGAGCUGGCCAUGCGACCGGUGGCUAGUCUGUCAGGGGGCCAGAAGAGUCGAGUGGCCUUUGCGCAGAUGACCAUGCCCUGCCCAAAUUUUUACGUCCUGGAUGAGCCAACUAACCACCUGGACAUGGAGACGAUUGAGGCCCUGGCAAAAGCUCUCAACAAGUUCAAGGGCGGGGUGGUGCUGGUCUCCCACGACGAGCGGCUGAUCCGGCUGGUGUGUAAGGAGCUGUGGGUGUGCGAGGGGGGGAAGGUGAGGCGCGUGGAAGGCGGUUUCGACGAGUACCGGGACAUCCUGCAGGAACAGUUCCGAAAGGAGGGCUACCUGUGAGGGUGCAUGCCAAGGACACAAGAGCUGCACAGGCGGAGCGUCUCCGCAAACAUGCAGAAACUGCCAACUGACUACAACUACAGCUGCCUAAUUCAACUGCUCCGUCAAUCCAACCCGUCCAUCAGUUCAGCUCGACUGCCAGCUACAUCCCAGCACCAACUCAACUGUAUUGCCAGUUCAACCCAACUGCCAGCUAAACAUAAACAGCAACUCAGCUUGAUCACCAAGUCAACCCAGAGGGCAUCUCAGCCUGACCAGAAGCCCAGCACAAGCCUGGCUGAGGUGAUACCCUGACCCAGUUUGCCUCCUCCCCCCCUUUCUCAACACCAUGGAUUGGCCUUAGUUCAUUAAGUACUGGUGGGGGUAAGGACCAUUCUGUGACUGCUGGAGGAGGUGGUUACAGUACAGUACACUUGGAAGCCUCUGUGCAGGCUGAUAACAGCAGGCGAAAAUCCAGGUCACUUUCACCAGGAGACUGAAAGCAAUUAAAGCAACAAGAUGAGUGAGAAAACAGGAGUGGGGUGGGGCUGCAUUAAUUUGUGUUAGGCAGGCUUGUGUGCGUGUGUGUGUGUGUGUGUGUGUGUAAACCUGUGUGUGUGCGUGUGUGGGGGGCGGGGGGUUGUGGCAGAAACCAGGUCAUGCUGAUCUGUCCCUUCUUAACUUGACACGAUCCCAGCUGAAUGCAUAAUACUGGUGUGACAUUGUAUUGCAAACAUUAUGUUGUCACAGUGUUACAGAAAGGUUGGGAGAAUGUGUGACAGCUGGGGUUCUUAUGGAGCCAAAUAAAUCCUCUUUUGUCUUAGCCCUGGUACCCCCCUGUAUAGACAAGCCAGCCAGCCACACUGGAGGAAAAUCAGUGUCCAUGUACUGUAUACGUGCAUUUCAGAAUACCAUCAGAAAUGAGCAUGGUUUCUCAAGUUUUGAUGCUGUACGUAAAUUAUGAA